CGCGCGGGCUCCAAUCGGCGCCCCGCGCCCCCCGCCCGCCGCGCCCGAGGCUCUGGGGCCGCAGCUGCUCGGCUCUGGACUCGCCGCGGCCCUGCGCCUCCGCCUGCCCGGCCGCGCCCCCGGGGGCCAUGGUCGCGGGGCCCUGCGCGGGGGCGGCCCCCAGCGCGGCGCUUCAUGGAGCGGCCCUGGCCUGGCCGCCGGGGGCAGCGCGAUCCCGCGGGGCCCUGUGAGCCCCCAGCGCCACGGCACCAUGUUGCUGGUUGAGAAGACAACUGACUCCCCGGCGGCUGAGUUCUCGCUGGUGGAGGACGUGGCGCUACACUUUGCCUGCUUGAUGGGCCGCCUGAACGAGCAGCGCCUCUUCCAGCCUGACCUCUGCGACGUGGACUUGGUGCUGGUGCCCCAGCGCAGCGUCUUUCCGGCACACAAGGGUGUGCUAGCCGCCUACAGCCAGUUCUUCCACUCACUCUUCACCCAGAACAAGCAGCUGCAGCGUGUGGAGCUGUCCCUGGAGGCGCUGGCACCUGGUGGCCUGCAGCAGAUCCUCAACUUCAUCUAUACGUCCAAGCUGCUGGUCAACGCGGCCAACGUCCACGAGGUGCUCAGUGCCGCCUCGUUGCUGCAGAUGGCUGACAUCGCUGCAUCCUGCCAAGAGCUGCUGGAUGCCCGCUCUCUAGGCCCACCAGGUCCGGGCACUGUGGCCCUGGCCCAGCCGGCUGCCAGCUGCACUCCAGCUGCGCCGCCCUACUACUGUGACAUCAAGCAGGAGGCUGACACCCCAGGCCUGCCCAAGAUCUACGCCCGCGAGGGCCCUGACCCUUACUCGGUGCGUGUUGAGGACGGGGCAGGGACUGCUGGUGGCACAGUGCCUGCCACCAUUGGGCCAGCCCAGCCCUUCUUUAAGGAGGAGAAGGAGGGUGGUGUCGAGGAGGCCGGUGGGCCCCCGGCCAGCUUGUGCAAGCUGGAGGGUGGAGAAGAGUUGGAGGAAGAGCUUGGGGGUUCUGGCACCUACAGCCGCAGGGAGCAGUCCCAGAUCAUUGUGGAGGUGAACCUCAACAACCAGACACUGCACGUGUCCACGGGGCCAGAGGGGAAGCCAGGUGCCGGGCCAAGCCCGGCCACCAUGGUUCUGGGCCGGGAGGACGGGCUGCAGAGACACUCGGACGAGGAGGAGGAGGACGAGGAGGAGGAGGAGGAGGAAGAGGAGGAAGAGGAAGGUGGUGGCAGUGGACAGGAGGAGGAGGAGGAGGAGGAGGAAGAGGGUGGCAGUCAGGGAGAAGAGGAAGAGGAGGAGGAGGACGGGCACAGUGAGCAGGAAGAGGAAGAGGAGGAGGAAGAGGAGGAAGGGCCUAGUGAGCAGGAUCAAGAGAGCUCUGAGGAGGAGGAGGGGGAGGAAGGGGAGGCUGGGGGCAAGCAGGGGCCACGGGGAAGCCGAGGCAGCCGGGCAGACCCCCCUCCCCACAGUCACAUGGCCACACGGUCCCGGGAGAAUGCCCGGCGCCGGGGUACCCCUGAACCUGAAGAAGCUGGGCAGCGGGGUGGGAAGAGGCCAAAGCCACCCCCUGGAGUGGCCUCUGCAUCAGCCCGAGGGCCGCCAGCCACUGAUGGGCUGGGGGCCAAGGUGAAGCUGGAGGAGAAGCAGCACCAUCCAUGCCAGAAGUGCCCACGAGUUUUCAACAAUCGCUGGUACCUGGAGAAACACAUGAAUGUGACCCACAGCCGCAUGCAGAUCUGCGACCAGUGCGGCAAGCGCUUCCUGCUGGAGAGCGAGCUGCUGCUGCACAGGCAGACAGACUGCGAGCGCAACAUCCAGUGUGUGACAUGCGGCAAAGCUUUCAAGAAGCUUUGGUCCCUCCAUGAGCAUAACAAGAUUGUGCACGGCUACGCAGAGAAGAAGUUCUCAUGCGAGAUCUGUGAGAAGAAGUUCUACACCAUGGCCCAUGUGCGUAAGCACAUGGUUGCCCACACCAAGGACAUGCCCUUCACCUGCGAGACCUGCGGAAAGUCCUUCAAGCGCAGCAUGUCCCUCAAGGUGCACUCACUGCAGCACUCAGGGGAGAAGCCGUUCAGAUGUGAGAACUGCAAUGAGCGCUUCCAGUACAAGUACCAGCUGCGGUCACACAUGAGCAUCCACAUUGGCCACAAGCAGUUCAUGUGCCAAUGGUGCGGCAAGGACUUCAACAUGAAGCAGUACUUCGAUGAGCACAUGAAGACCCACACAGGAGAGAAGCCGUACAUCUGCGAGAUCUGUGGCAAGAGCUUCACCAGCCGACCUAACAUGAAGCGGCACCGGCGCACGCACACGGGCGAGAAGCCCUACCCAUGCGACGUGUGUGGCCAGCGCUUCCGCUUCUCCAACAUGCUCAAGGCCCACAAGGAGAAGUGCUUCCGCGUCAGCCACCCCCUGGCCGGCGACGGCGCCCCCGCUGCCCCAGGCCUGCCACCAACCCAGCCCCAGGCGCACGCACUGCCCCUGCUCCCGGGGCUGCCCCAGACCCUGCCGCCCCCGCCCCACCUGCCGCCCCCGCCUCCGCUCUUCCCCACCACUGCCAGCCCCGGCGGGAGGAUGAACGCCAACAACUAGCUGCCGAGUUGCACCCGUGCACCCGCUGGGGCCUGGAGUCAGGGCCCACUCCAGGAGGGACCCACUGCCUUCCCGGGGAGCACAGCAGUGCGGGCCUGGGCCCUGCUCCACCUCCAGAAGUGGCUGGAUGUACCCUGCCUGAGGCCCCGACGAUGAGGGGUAUGCAGGCUGGCAGCCCCCAGAGCUGGUGGAGGGCACCUGACUCCCAAGUGCCCCCCCUUUCUGUGACUCCUUGAAACCUUUACUUUUUUUUUGGGAAGUGAAGGAAAAAGAAACUAUUUGUAGCACCCCCCUCCAGGUGAGGGGGGUGCUGGGGGUCUGCAGCAGAAAGAAAGGGGCCUGGGCAGCAGGUGUGGCCAGUCCCUCUGCCAAGGCCUGUGCCAGAGGUGUUGGCCAGGUGGAGCCUGGGUCAGCCUCAGCAGCCUAUCCCCAUGUCCUCUAUGCCCCUAAUUUGCUUCCUCAUCUUGGAGGGUUUGGGGAGAAGUUGGCUUGCCACCCCCACAACCCUUGAGGAGUUGUAAACCCAGUCUGAGAGCCGCAAGCACUGAGGCAGGGCCUGAGACUGGACCUGGGUGAGCGUGGGGGGUGGAGGGUGGCGAGGUGCGGAGACUGCAGACCAGUGCUGCACUGUGUGGAGCAGGGCAGGCAGGGGCUGGACCCCAGGGACUUGCCUUCCCCACCCACUCCGCUGCCAGCAGGCCCAGGGAUCCCUGACCUGCACCAGGUGGCACCAAGUGUCCUGAGUCCCAGAGAUGUCCCCAGAAGCUGCUGUGCCUCACAGCGCUGUCAGCCAGACCCUCGGUGGGCAGACAGGCUGACUGGCAGCACCAGCUUUGGGAGCAGAGUCCUAGGAUGAGGCUUGGACAGUGCUGGUAGGGUUUCAAGGUGCUAUUAGUGGGGCAGGGGCAGGGCGGCUGCUCACAGAGCACCCUAGUUCCUCACCAGCUACUCUGGCCAUGUAUCCCACACCAGAAGGAACAAGUGUGGCUGUGUCCAUCUCUGCUCCCCCAAAGGCCCGCUCUAGGCCUUAUCCUCCCUCUAGGCCCUGCCACAACCUGUCCCUGGCUGGCUCCAGCAUCCUCGUCCCUCCUGGGCCUCUGCACCGGUGGGUGGGGCGCCCAUAGCACUGCCGGUAAAGGAACCUGCAUGUUCAGGCCCCUCGGGGGAUUAGGGGGACUGGGGAGGCGCAGCCUAGACCCAAUUGCUUGCCCCCAUGAGGCUAGCACUAAUAGGAAACCCUUUUUUGUUGUCAUUUAAUGUUUUUAUUCCUGCCUUUAAUAUGGGGAGGAAGGUUCCAUAAGCUACAUGUUUCCUAGUUAAGCUCUUUCCUAUUGUGUUUAUACAAUUUUGUUUGUUAUACUCUUUGCACCUUAAACCCCCACCACUCCCCGACACUAUUGCCUUCCCAGCAUGGCUGGAGUGGGAAGAGGCUUGGGCCCCGGGGGAAUGGUUAGGGGGACUGAACCCCUCUGACCUUAUGAGGCCCAUGGCACUGGGGCAGGGAGCUGGGGACAUUUUAAUCAUCAAUAAACGAAGCACUUUAUUCUGUA